UGGAAGCUGCCUUGGUGUAUCUUGGACGUCUCAGACAAUGGCGAUAUUCUUGCUCGUUAUGAAGGCCAUCUUGCUAUGGUUGGGUCUUUGCACUCGUUUUCUGUCAGUUCUGUCAAAGGAGACAGAAGGACCCUCAUGUCCCCAACAUCAAAAGACUGAUCCAAAUGAUGUGAACGAGAGAAUUAUGAAGUUUUUGGGGCAAAAGGUUUACCUUGUUGAGGAUGAAAAGGGUGAAUAUACGUAUAAAGUUUCAAUCUGUAGUGAGGGUAAGGGAGAUACCCAAGCAAUUCAGCAACGUAGCAAGAAACAGGAAGAAGCAAACUGGGUUCUAGUGGGAACCUACGAGAAUGCCCAUGUCACUGGUGGAACCGACUGGUUGAUGAUAAAAUACUUCCAUGGAAAUAAAUAUACCUCCCACUGCCAUAACUUAGAAAGAAUUGGCAUUGUUUUGGUAACGUGUGAUCCAGGAGUAGAGAGGGGAACGAUGCGUAUCAUUGAAGAAUACAGAAAUGCAAGUUCACUCAAAGACCCAGUAGACCCACUGGAGUGUUAUUACCUGUUUGAACUCAAUAAUGAUGCAGCAUGCACAGUAAAGCCAAAACAUUUGAGUCCUGGUUCUAUUAUGUUGAUAAUUUUUAUUUUCUCUCAGGAUGGAUGUAAUUAUAUGUGUCGGUGUUCAGAGUCGCGUCCUACAAGAUACAAGGCAAUGGAUGAUGCCUUAGCGGAUGACGAUAGAGAUGACACCCUGCUCCCAAUGUAGAAACUUUUCUUAAGAAUCCAUAUAGCUUUGUGAGUACAUCUAAAUGUACUGAGUUUUUCAAAACUGUGUUGAUAAUCCACACCUUUCGCCAUUUGGAUAUAACAAUCCAUCAUGGAAAAUGACAGAGAGAGGGAGAGGUAUUCUUGUUUUUUAGUUGGAUCUGCUAUCCAAAGGAAAAAUUA